AUGCCAGGCGACACCACGAAAGAGCUAGAGCUAUCUCACCUCGACCAACAACCUCAUAUACGCGUAUACGGACGCUACUACAUCAUCUUUCCGUUCCCAGACAUCACUUAUGCGCACGCAGCCAAAGAAGCGCUACACACGGGCUUCAAGGAAGUCUUGCGACGAUUUCCUUAUCUUGCCGGCACGGUAGACAUUCCCGACCCCUCUACACAACUUCUUCGAGUACGCUACCCCGACCCCAUCGAUCUCGAAGCGGAAGCCCGUCGCGUCUUCACGGUUAGCUACGAUGAUGCACAACACGACUACGACGCUCUUGCCGAAGACGCGUUCGAACCCGGCGAGUUGCCCGCUACCAUAUUUUGUCCAAACGAGUUGAAAUACCACGCUGGACUAGGCAGCGACCCAUACGCCGAGAGGAUGACUUCAUUGCAAAAAGGUCCAGUUCCAGUUUUCGCGACCCAGGCUACAUUCAUUCCUGGGGGUUUGGUGCUGAGCGCUUGGUUCUAUCACGCUGUCCUUGACGGGACGGGAAAUGCAAGGAUCCAGAAAAUAUGGAGUGACGCAGUACGAGCCUUGCAUCCUCAAGCGAGCAAACCAGUGCUUAGGGUUUCCAAAUUCUACCGAGCACCCAGCUACAAAGAUCAGCUCCAACCACUGCAGGCGAUUAUUAAAGAGUGGAACGACAUUCCAGAUCCGUCAUCAGCCCGAAGCGCACUCGCAACGCUGGUCCAAGAAGCUGGUGUAGCAGACAGCUUUGCAGAUCAUUCAGGGAACCCGCUACUUGCCAAGCGUUACGAACUGCGCAAGGGACCGGAUGAAGGACUACAAAAGGUCAUCACGAACAUGUUCCGCUUCUCAUCGCCAGCUCUUCAAAAGCUUCGCAGCCAGCUAUCGACCAAGACUGGCAGAAAUAUCUCUAUCUUUACCGCACUGUCAGCGAUUAUCUGGGGAAACAUUGUACAUGCUCGAUCAGCAUUGCUCGCUGCUUCAGACAACAAGCAGUCCACACUCGCUGUCGUUGUAGAUCUCAGAAAAUAUCUUCCAAUUCCCUUUUCAUCGCCGGAUUACCUCGGAAACCUCGUACUGUCUGCCCUACCUACCCUCGAUCUUGAGAAUGCGGUACCUGACCGCGUAACGUCGCUGCGAGAGGAAGCCCUCCAUGCUCCAGACAGCUUUUUUCCGGCAAUGACUGUUCCUGCAGACCAGCAGAGCUUUUGCCUUGAGAACCUUGCAGUCAAAAUCACAGAUGCUCUGCAUGCUGUUGAUGCGGCGUGGGCGAUUACGCAAAUUAACAGCGUUCUUACGAACCCCACCGAAGCCCAACAAUCUCUUCUGAAAUUCCCCAAAGGUCCGGAUCUGUACAUCACUAGCUGGCAGAGGAUGGGCGCCGACCGUGAAUGGUACAUUCCUGGAACUAGUACGCCUAACGCAACUGCAAUCCGGAGGGCGGCUUGGGUAAGCGAGGGUGGCAUCGUAGUUCUGCCCAGGGAAGAAGACAAAGAAGGGCAAGAAGGAGAGCCGUAUGAGGUUAUGCUCAGCCUUACCCAAGCUGAUAUGGAAAGGUUUGAGUAUGGUUUGCAGAGUGCCGGGUGGUUGGUAGAUUCCCCCGUUGACAACACCGUCGACACUUUGAAUCAGCUCAUACUUGGAGCUCAUCAAGACCCUGAGGCGAAGCCGUCUGUUGGACAGGCGAGGGCGUCAUUGUAG